AAAGCAGGCUCCCUUCAUUUGCGAACUUUCACCAUGCUGAGGCGGGACGUAGAGCCAGACUGCCACUGGUCGGCCUGACGUGUGACGUUUCUUUUCUGCGACAGUUUCCCAAGGUGCCUCGCUCCCAGCGGCACAGACCGGAGCUCCAAGCGAGGCAAGAUGGCGGACGUGCUGGAUCUUCACGAGGCGGGGGGAGAGGAUUUCGCCAUGGAUGAGGAUGGGGACGAAAGCAUUCACAAACUGAAAGAAAAAGCGAAGAAACGGAAGGGUCGUGGCUUUGGUUCCGAGGGCUCCCGAGCGCGGAUGCGGGAGGAUUAUGAUAGCGUGGAGCAGGACGGCGAUGAACCUGGACCGCAGCGCUCUGUUGAAGGAUGGAUUCUCUUUGUUACUGGAGUUCAUGAGGAAGCCACUGAAGAAGACAUCCAUGAUAAAUUCGCGGAAUAUGGAGAAAUAAAAAAUAUCCACCUCAACUUGGAUAGGCGUACAGGAUACUUGAAGGGGUAUACUCUAGUUGAGUAUGAAACAUACAAAGAGGCUCAGGCUGCCAUGGAGGGACUCAAUGGUCAAGAUUUGAUGGGACAGCCAAUCAGCGUGGACUGGUGUUUUGUUCGGGGUCCACCAAAGAGCAAGAGGAGAGGUGGCCGAAGACGCAGCAGGAGUCCAGACCGGAGACGUCGCUGAUAGGUCCUCUGUUGCCCAAGUGGUCUCUCCAGGAUUCCAUUUGGUUAUGCUGCCUUGGAUAAAUAGGGCUGGGGUAGAACUUGUGUUUAUAUUUAAUAUCUUACCCUGUCUAUUUAGUAUUUCUUUUGAACCAAAAAAAUAAAUGUUCCAUUAUUGUUUUCUACA